AUGCCUAAAGCUAAAAAAGUAACUAAAGAAAAAGUUAAACGAGUUAAAGGAGAAAAAAAUACAAAAAAGUCUAAAACUCUUCAAAAAGAAGGAAAUGAUAUUACACCACUUGUUAAUGAAGAAGGAGAAGUUAAAUAUAAUACAAGAUCAAAAGAUAGUGCUAUUGUUUCAGUUGGAAAACAAGGAACAGAAAGUAAAGCAUGGCCAGAUUAUGUAUUUUUAAAAGGAACAUCAUUUUCAAGUAGUAAUAAAGAUAAAGCAAAGGAUAUUAAAAUAGAAAAUUUUACAUUACAAGUACCAGGAAAAGUUCUUCUUAAUAAUUCAUCAUUAACAAUGGGAUUUGGAUCAAAAUAUGGAUUAGUUGGAAAAAAUGGAAUUGGUAAAUCAGUAUUAAUGUGUGCAAUUUCAGGAAGAGAAAGUGGUACUCCAUUUGCUAAUAUUCCAGCAAAUAUUAGAAUUUUACAUGUUCAACAAGAAGUUCCAGGAAAUGAAUUAACACCAUUAGAAACAGUAUUACAAGCAGAUAUUGAAAGAUUAUGGUUAAUUAAUGAAGAAAAAAGAUUAUUAGCAGAAAAAGAUAAAAAACCAGAAAAUGAAGAACAUGAAGAAAGUAUAGAAGAAGAAGAUAUAGAACCACCAUAUGAUUUAAAUGAUAUUUAUGAAAGAAUGAAAGAAAUUGAAGCAAGUAAAGCAGAACCAAGAGCAUUAAAAAUAUUAAAAGGACUUGGAUUUGCAGAAGAUGAAAUGAAAACUAAAACAACUAAAGAAUAUUCAGGAGGAUGGAGAAUGAGAAUUUCAUUAGCUACGGCAUUAUUUUUACAACCAGAUUUAUUAAUUUUAGAUGAACCAACAAAUCAUCUUGAUUUAAAUGCAGUUAUUUGGUUAGAACAUUAUUUAAUGAAUUGGAAAAAAUCAUUAUUACUUGUUUCACAUGAUACAUCAUUUUUAAAUAAUGUAUGUGAUCAUAUUGUUCAUUUUACUAAUCAAACAUUAACAACAUAUAGAGGUGAUUAUGGUAGUUUCUUAAAAGCAUUAGAAAUGAAAAAAAAUUCAGAUGAAAAGAAAAAAAGAAUCGAAAAGGCAGAACAACAAAAAGCAAAGAAAAAAGGAGAAGAAAAGAAAAAAGUAAAAGUUCAAUUAACAAAACAAGAAAAAGCAAGUAAAGAAUUAGAAGGAAAAGCACCUGUAUUUGAAUUUCCUGAUCCAGGAGAUUUUGAUACUUGUGCUGUUCAAUUUGAUGAAGUUUCAUUUAAAUAUGAAGGAGCAAAACAACCAAUUUUUAGAGAUUUACAAUUUGGAAUUUAUCUUAAAAGUAGAAUUGGAUUAGUUGGACCAAAUGGAACAGGUAAAUCUACAUUAAUGAAAUUAAUUGAUGGAGAAUUAAAAGAAACAACAGGAUUUAUUACUCGUGAUAGACAAUUAAGAAUUGGUAGAUUCCAUCAACAUCAUGUUGACCAAUUACCUAUGGAUAUUUCUUCUAUAGAAUAUAUGCAAAAAACAUUCCCAUCAGCUCAAAUUCAAGAAAUUAGACAAUUCCUUGGAAGAUUUGGAUUAAAAGGAGAUACUCCAAAACAACAAAUACAAACAUUAUCAGGUGGUCAAAAAAGUAGAUUAGUUUUUGCUGAAAUUUGUUGGAAAAAACCACAUUUAUUACUUCUUGAUGAACCUACAAAUCAUCUUGAUGCAGACUCAAUUGAAUCAUUAAUUGAAGGAUUAUCCACUUUUGGAGGUGGAUUAGUAUUAAUUUCACAUCAUCAACAUAUGAUUGAAUCUGCAUGUGAAGAAAUUUGGGUUGUUAAAGGAAAUGGUACUGUAGAACGAUUUGAUGGAGACUUUAAUGAUUAUAAGAAUAUGUUAUUGAAAGAUAUGGAUCUUGAUGAUGAAGAUAAUUAA